GCACAGACCGCCGCUGUCUCUCCCCCGCCGCAUGUGUAGUGUUGUGGUGGAGCCAACAUGGCGGCUCCUCUGGAGGUGAUAGUGAGCAGUGAUUCCGGCUCUCAGCUCUGGAACUGCACCGUGUUCGACCUGCACAGCGGGUCCAGUCUGCUCUCAUACCGGGGCGGUAACAGUACGGCCCGGACACUCACAGUCCUCAGCGGGGGGUACCUGCUGUCCGCUCAGCUCGGCAAGAACUUCAUCAACGUGUGGGAGAUCCAGAGGAAGGUAGGCGACACACCUGGGCACAGCGGGAGGUACACUUGGGCACCGUGGAGACACCUAAACACACCACAGACGACCGUAACACACCUGCAGUUUACUCGGUCCCGAACAUACCGUUACAUACCGGCAGAACUGGCGGGAAAAGCCCCGAAUCUCCUAGCCGUUCGAGACAAAACCCCACCAAACCCCUUUUAAAAAUCCUCCGAUUUAAAGUCUACGCUGGUUUUUAAGCGCAGAUAAUUAUCCAAAUAAUCAGAAUUCACUGCAUAGGUCACUAGUCCUAUCAGCUGAAUAAUUCGGUUAAACAACAUUCAUCCCAUUAAUUAAACUUUUAUUUAAAAUGUCAAAAGACUUAAGAGCUAAAGUACUACUCUACUAUUAUUAACAUUAUGCCUUUUAAUUGUUAUUAUUAUUUUUAUUAGUUUGUUCCUACAUCAAAUGUUUCAUUGCAGCUUAGUUUUUACACUCAUGAGUUUUCUUUCUUUAUUUGUCAUUGCACAGAAUAAAACACAGCAGUGAUUUCUCUCUGUCAUUGCUUGGCUUCCAUAUCACAACAUUAUGGUGGUAAUUUAAUAUACAAAAAAAAAAACUAAGGGUAAAAUAGCAGCAUGGUGAGUGAUAUUGCACUGUCUGGAGUGAUAGUGGAAUAAAAAACAAAUAAUUAAAAGUACAUAUAAAAGAUAUAUGUUCUUAUUUGCAUAAUGAAUACUUUCCUGUUUGUCUCCAGGAUCAGCUGCAGCACAAGAUCGUGUGUCCAGGUGUGAUUACCUGUCUGACCGCUUCACCCAAUGGGCUCUUCCUUACUGCAGCUAUCGGUGAAGCCAUUUACCUGUGGGAGGUAAGUCUGCUUCAUUUAUCCAUGGAAAGAGGACUGAAGUCUUUUCUCUGAUUGGCUCUGGUGUGUAAUUUCUGCCCUCUGAUUGGCUCAGGUGUCCACAGGUAAGCUGCUCUCUGUCCUCAGUCGACAUUACCAGGAUGUUACCUGUCUGAAGUUUACAGAUGACAGCAGUCAUUUUGUCUCUGGAGGAAAAGACAACCUGGCCCUGGUAUGGAGUCUGUCCAGGUAAUACACCUGAACACACCUGAGUUCACACAAGCUGCAGCGAUUCAUUCAUUAAAACCUAUAAAUGAAAAUGGUCCCUCUUUAUAAUGAUUAUUAUUAUAUUAUAUUAGUGUGUAUAGUAUCCCUGUAUCAGUAUGGUCUGGACAUGCUCCUGAUGAGAUGAUGGAUAGCCUCCUCCCAGGACUGGAUCAGGGCAUCAGUCAGCCCCAGAACAGUCCGUGUUGGGAUGUGCUGACUGUGGAUGCAAGGAUACAUGGUUUUCCAGAAGUACUGGAUUGGAUUCAGGUCUGGGGCGCAGGUGGACUAGUCAGUAGCAUUGAAGGUGGGGUAGUCAGGAUCUGAUGAAGUUCCAGUUUUUAGGAGAAAUCCUGAAUGUAAACUCUACCCCUCCCAUAUAUUCAAAGACACCACAAAAAAAGAUGCUUCUUUAACGGAUUCCUGCCUACCCCACCUUUAACAAUCUUAAUUUUUUCAUUUUCAGGUUAAAUCUCAGAUCUCACUUUAUUAAAAGUUUUUAAAAAAUCAGUCAAAUAAUAAAAGUUGAAGUGUCUGGAACUCUGACACUGAAAAGUACACCUGUUGUUCACUGGGGGGAGCUCUAACGCUGCGUACCUGUCAGUUUGUACACACAAUAUUGCUGCUGCCUGUUGCCAUGGAAACCCACCUGUCAGACCACAGCAGGAUCCCCAGACCAGAACCAGGACUCUGUCGGUUUCAGUCUUUGGUUGGAUUAACCAGGAGCAGCGGUGAGGAUGUGAUCAAGAAUCAGAACCAGAUCCUGCUCUCAGGGUUUGAAGAAGAGGAGGUGGAAUCUGAUUGGCUAGAUCCUGCUUUGAAUGACGUCACUGAUCAGCUGCAGCCAAUCAUUAAUAAUUGAUAGUCGGGGGUGCCGUCAGGGUUUUUUUGUGUAAAUUAGAAACACUUCCUCAAAGAGACAGACCCCACCAUCACACACACACACACAUAUACACACAUACACACACAUACACACACUGUGUUAAAAGUGGGACGUCUGAAGCAAAGCAUGAUGGGAAACCUGAGCUGAAUGUUAAACAUGUUUUUCUGUCUGCAGGGCACAAAAAGAACAAGUUUUAUACUUUUGAUCAGAGCGAGUACUACGAGUCCAUAUACCAUUACUACCUAAACUAGUAUCAGUACUGCUCCAGGAAUACUACUACUUCAUCCACUGAUACUGUGACCGUGAACACGACUGUUGAUUUGUUCACUAGACCUUCAUCAUCCGACAUUAUUACAGAUAUUAACAUUAACCAUUCAGGCCUCACUUGGACAACCUAAGACCAAUUAAAGGGAGCAGUUCACCACCUCCACUGAUCGGAGGGGGCGUGGCCUGAUUGAAGGCAUGUCGGGAUAGAUUUUUGUCCAAAUAACCCUGAAGUGUGUAUACUCGAGUCAGACUACUUAAAGGGAUAUUCCGGUGUAAAAUUAAUUUAGGGUCAAACCCACCGUAACACCGAGUUAGUCCCCCCCUCCAGAGAUGAAUGUUAUCGACCGCUUGCUUCUCUAGUUAUACCAACUUUAGUAACGACCGCAGGAUAGAAAUACAGAGAGCCACGCGCUCAACCAAAACGCCACUCUAUAGCCACAAAUAAUUCUCAGAACAGCACCUAACUUCAUCAACAGGACAUAUAGAGUCACAGACAUAGUACUAGACACCAAACAUCUUUUUAACUUUGACUCAUUUCUUUAACAAAGAUACUAAACUUGUUUGUAGAGAGACCUCAGGCCAGUCCAUUACAGACUACAGUGGGGUGCCGCAGCUCAAGGAAGAACAUUUAUGAUCAUUUCUUUAUCAUUUCCUUAAAGUAAUAAUCACCAUAUUAAUCAUUUUACAGACGUGGUAGUUCUUCUGUCUUAGCGUCUCGGUCUGAUUGUAUUUACAUGAAGAAGUGAUGAAAGUUUGAUUAAAGCUCCAAUAGGGAAAUUUUCACUUGUGUCAAUUUUGCGCCCCCCUGUGGACAACAGUCCUCGUUUGCUUGUUUGUUUGUUAAAUUGUUGUAUUUUGUCAAAUGCAGAAAAAAGCAACGACAGCACUUUAUAUGGGCUGUCAGCUGACCUCUUUCAUUAUCGGUACUAGAAUCAGAAUCAGAAUCAGAACCAGAAUCAGAAUCAGAAUGCUCUUUAUUGUCAUUAUACAAAAGGUGAAACAAGAUUUGAGAGCUUCUCCGUUUUCAGUGCAAAGAUACAAAAAAAGAAAACAGAGACUGAAUUAAAACAAAAAAAAAUAGUUGGAAGAAAAAUAAUAAUAAUAAUAAUAAAAGGUACAGACAAGAUACAAGAAUAAAUCCUCUCGUGCAGCGUAGGCAGUGCAAUGAAAAUGAAAACUAUAUACAAGAUAUAGAGAUAUGGAGGUAAGUAUCGAUAAUUGUUAGAAUCAUAUUAGUCAUCCACAUGUCAAUACAACCAUUUUACUGCUAAUUUAUCUGGAAAUACUCGAUAUAAACUCGACCAAAUAUUUUCAGUAGCUGUCACAUGGUGUCAGGAGACUAGAUCUUUCUUAGCUGUGAACCCCGUACGUAAGUGCAGUUGGUCGUUUUUGCUCGGCAGAACCUUCAAGUAGAAGAUUCCAGAUGGACUCAGGAGGUGAACAGGAAGUGAGUGCAGUCAUUCAGAAGUGUUUUCACACCUGGAUCAUAUGGAAACAGUCAGAAAUCAGAUCAACCAAUCAAAGAUCACAGCGAUCAAUGAGAUAUCAGAUCGACGGCAGACAGUGUGACUCUCAGUGACGAUGUUUUCAUCAUCAGGAAUCACUGAUGAUGUGCGUUUGUGUGUGUUUGUGUGUCAGUGUGAUCCAGCUGGAUUUAAACCACACCCCCGAGCCUCGUCAUGUCCUGUCCCGCCACUCUCUGCCAAUCACAGACCUGCACUGCGGCCUGAUGGGAGCUCAGGCCAGGAUCGCCACCGCCUCCUUAGACCAGACCGUUAAGGUAAGACUCACAACACAAUACACCACAUAUUACACAAUCACACUUCUUCACAACGAUACAACACUACACAUAAACACUGAAAACAGCAGCUACACUCUGCGACUGUAUCUCCACGUGUUCACCUCUGUGUCCGGUCUGCGGUUCGAUCUUCAGUCAUUAAUCUGCGUGUGUUCAUAGUUUUUCUUAGUCACGUGUUCCCUUCAGGCGCUUUGGUAAUUCUGGUAAUUCUUCCAAAUAAUAAGAUGUCUAUUAAAAGUUUAAAGAGAAUUAGUGUUUUUCCUCCUGAGGUUUGGUCUACUGUUCCUGCUGCCUGUUCAAAAGCAGCCGAGUGUUUCUGUCAGAAAGUGAAUGAGUGGAUUAAAAGAGAGAGAGUGAGGACGCAGAGAUAAAACUCGUCUUCAUGUUUUCACGGUGUUACUGAACAGGACGUGAAUUACUGUGUGCGCUGAUAAAUCCUCCCAGAGGCUCUGAGUGUUCGCUGCUCGUCUCAGCUGUCUGUCGUCUGAUUGGUCCGUCGCCCUGUGGGGACAGACGCUGUCGUCUCUCCUUCAAAAAACUUUAUUAAACUCAGUUUCAGGUUCUAUUAAUAGAAUCAGUUCAGAUCCAGGUCUCUGCGGUUCUUCAGGGUCCCGUCCGAAACCGAACGAGGAUCAGAGGUGGUCUCGGCGUGAGUGGUUUCUGUCCUCCUUUGUAAGACAGGUGUUCUCUCUGAGGACUGAAUGUGCUCUUCGGUGUGUAAACAUCUACUCAUUCACUCAGUCCUCAGCCUGCAGCCCAACAGACUGUUAUGAAUAGACUUUGUCUUCAGUGUUUUUUCAAUAAAGACGACGUGAUUUUACUGAAGUCAAACUGAUGAAUGAAGACAUCGACACUAUGAGUAAACAAAGACAACACUGAGGUCAGGCUGUAUCAUUAAAGAGGUCAAAAACAUAUCAAGGUCAUUAAACUAUAAAGUCACUGAGAUUAAAAAGGCAAUUAAUUUACUGAGGGCGAACUGAUUUAUCUAAGUUCAGACUGUGAUUUCACUAAGGUCAAACCCUGAUAAUAAUAAAGUCAGACUGAUUUCUCUGAGGUCAAACUGUGAUUUAAAUAAGGUCAAACUGGGAUUUCACUAAGGUUUAAACCCUGAUAAUAAUAAAGUCAAACUCAGAUUUUACAGGGGUCCGACUGAUUUCACUGAGGUCAAACUGAUUUAAAUAAGGUCAAACUGGGAUUUCACUGAAAUCAGACUGAGGUCAAACUAUGAUUUCACUGAGGUCAAACUGAUUUUACUGAGGUCAAACCCUGAUAAUAAUAAGGUCAAACUUGAUUAAAUAAAAACACACACACACACAGUGAGACUACAGUGAAGUUUUCACCACUUUCACUAAUGGCACAGAACACACCUCACCAGACUGCUAACAUGCUAACUUGAAAACACUGUUAGCAUCAUUCUCGUUAUGGUCUACAUCAGUUCGUUUGAUGGUGUCUUUUUUUUAACAUUGAUAAUUAUUGAGCUGAAACUACACACUGAUAUUUAACAGUGCAUCACUCAACUUGUCUCACUGUUUAAAAUUGGCAAACUAAAAAAAUCACGGGAUAUCCUGUACAACUCUAAUAUCCUUAACGGUCUUACAAAGUUGGACCUGUUUCCAGCUGGAGCAGAAGACUUUUCAUACCAGAGAAAAAAGAGGUCUAGGUCAGUUUAUGCAGAAGUGCAGCCGCAAAUCUUAAGGAAAAUUCACUGUGAGCGGACGAGUAUGAUGAAAUAUGUAAAAUGAUACUCAGUUUUGAUGCUCAAUUACUAGAUUCUUAUUACAGAUUUCAGGAGAGGCGUCCAGGAUUCUGGCUGCAGGCGUGUGCAAAGCUGCUUUGAUAGGAAACAUAAUUUAUUUGAACACUGGUGUGAUUUACAAAAAGAAAGGAUGAAAAAAAAUCAAAUUAAAGAGAAACUGCACUAUACUCUCAUCUUCUCUAGUCUGUUUUUUUGAAGUCAUUUACUGAUACUAUAACUCAACCAGUUAAUCAUUGCUUCGCAGUGAUAUGACGGCAAAAACUGCAGUCAAGGCAGACUCUGAGAUUCACAAACACAAGACACACAAACCCGGGAUUUAAGAGGGAAACAAACGCAGAGAGCAAGUUAUAAGAGAACAUAUGAGUGUAACAUCGAAGGAUCAGUGCUUUUAAAGGGAUACUCUUCUUCAUCAACAGGACAUAUAGGGUCACAGACAUAGUACUAUAUUUAAAGUUGUUCUAACUCCCUAAGAAAACAAACUUAAGCGGGGGCGUUUCUCCACUUCUGUAGUCUAUAAACUGGGCCAAGAAACUUCUACUGUAGUAAAAUGAAAAGGUAAAGGUGUUUUUAUUGAGCCGAAUUAUCAAUAAAAUCAUGAUUUUGUUAACAGGUAUGAAUGUAUAUGCUGUCGAAUUAAUAUAUUUGAACAAGAGCACAGUAACGUUAAAUCAGCUAAUUUUCCAAUGAGGUUCUGUUACUGAACAAAACUACACCAUGUUCUACUGAGGUUAGCGCAUAUAGGGUCACAGCCAUAGUACUAGACACCAAACAUCUUUUUAACUUUGACUCAUUUCUUUAGCAAAGAGACUAAACACAACUCACCUACUCUCUUCCAGCAGACGCUUGUUUGUAGUGAGACCUCAGACCAGUCCAUUACAGACUACAGCGGGGUGCCGCAGCUCAAGGAAGAACAUUUAUGAUCAUUUCUUCAUGGAAAUACAAUCAGACCGAGACGCUAAGACAGAAGAACUACCGCGUCUGUAAAAUUAUUAAUAUGGUGAUUAUUACUUCAAGGAAAUGACAAAGAAAUGAUCAUAAAUGUUCUUCCUUGAGCUGCGGCACCCCGCUGUAGUCUGUAAUGGACUGGCCUGAGGUCUCUCUACAAACAAGCGUCUGCUGGAAGAGAGUAGGUGAGUUGUGUUUAGUCUCUUAGCUAAAGAAAUGAGUCAAAGUUAAAAAGAUGUUUGGUGUCUAGUACUAUGUCUGUGACCCUAUAUGUCCUGUUGAUGAAGUUAGGUGCUGUUCUGAACAUUAUUUGUGGCUAUAGAGUGGCGUUUUGGUUGGGGGCGUGGCUCUCUGUAUUUCUAUCCUGCGGUCGUUACUAAAGUUGGUAUAACUAGAGAAGCAAGCGGUCGACAACAUUCAUCUCUGGAGGGGGGGUCUAACUCGGUGUUACGGUGUGUUUGACACUGAAUUAAUUUUACGCCGGAAUAUCCCUUUAAUCCGUGAUAAACAGUCCACUGACGACCCUAGCAUCUAUUUGUCUUCUCAUGUAUCUCCUGAGACCCCACAUGUCUGACAGGGAAGGCUUCACUCGGUGGGGUCGUGUGUGUUUGAACAGUGACAUAUUUCAGCUCCGGUGUAAUUUCCUGCACAGUUUUCUGUUGUGCAUGUCUGGAAACGGCCUCAGCCUUCAAUAAAGAAAACCAGUGUCUGAAGGAUGCGGCCCCCUGAAUCGAAACACAGCGAGCGUCUCCUCAUUGUCCUCUGAUCCUUUUUUUAAUUUUGGUGAAAUCUCCCCCGACAUUAAUCUCAGAAGACGAGGUCUCUGCAGAGACGCGCCAGCUCGCUGUAACAUCAUAAAGAUGGUGGAGCUGAGGAGACGCCGCUGUUCAUGAAACGGUCGGUGCUCUGCAGAGACGGACUCCCUUUGUCAUCUGGAGAGGGGGCGAGCGGGGGUCGUAGGUCAUCUGGAUACAGGAAUGAAUCAUUUCCUGUUACUGGUGUGGACCUCCAUCACAGAAUGAAGCAGGAGAUCACGACGAUGUUUCAAACUCACACAGGUGUCUGCGUGUCCUCCUUCUCCAGGUGUGGGAGCUGUCCUCAGGUGAGCUGCUCCUGUCCAUCCUGUUUGAUGUGGAGAUCAUGUCUGUGACCUUUGACCCCUGCGAGUACUUCCUGUUCUGUGGCGGCAGUGACGGCAACAUUUUCCAGGUGUCUCUGUGCAGCCAGGUGAGCAUGUGUCCGCACACCCGCCACGUUUUCACUGAGUCCCCCUCCAUCAUUACUAAUAUCUAUUUACCUGUUUUUGAACCAAUCACCUGAUUUUGUAAUACUUGAUUCUGAUUGGUCAUCUGGAUAAGUGAGCCACCAUCUACAGUGAAAGUGACAUCUACCAAAUAGAAGAAAACAGACACGGAUUAGAGUCGUUUUUGAUUUGUCCUCCUCUCUUUCUCCUCGGCUCCGAGUUUUUAUUCCCUCCAGACUGGAUUACUGUCACACGCUGUAUUCUGGCAUCAGUAAGCGCAACGUUCAAAGACUAAAAUUAAUUUAAAAUGCUGCUGUCGGACUUUUAACACUCAGCCAGAGCAGCAAACAUAUAUAACCCCGUCCCUGUCGAAGCUCCUCCCACUAUAAGCCUGAGCGCAGCCUGAGGUCCUCAAACAGAGCCCUCCUCAUGGUUCCUGAAUCCUGAUAGGUUCUAAGAAGUGACCGAUUCAGAUUAACUGACUGUUAUAAUCUUGCUUUUAUAAUCUAACUAAAAAAAAAAACAUCUAAGGCCUCAUUUAUCAACCGUGCGUACGAACAUUCCAGCGCAAAGUCUGGAAUUUGUCAACCUGAACUUGUUCUUAGGAACGUGCAUAAAUUUAAGCCCAACUCUGAGCAUGCGUACACACAAAACCUGGUGGUAGAACAGUGAAACUACAACUAGAACCCAUUAAAGGAGUUCAGCGCUCAGCAAUCUCAAACUCCAUGAGAUUUAUCAGCUGUGACAGGACAACCUCAAAAGAAGUCUUACAAGUACAAAUACAAGUAUGACGGUUUAUUUUGCGCUAUUGGAGGACUUGGAGAACCGUCUGCUCCUCUUCAGGGAGCGCGGCGUUUUCAAAGACAGUGCUGACCUGUUCAGUGAGAAUACAGAGUGGAUUCUCAGCAGGUACCGCUUCCCCAAAAACAUCUGAAUGGAUUUAUGAUCCGUGAUUUACAACCGUGUUGGAGCGAGAGACAAAACGCACCAACGCCAUCAUCCCAGUGACCAUCCAGCUCCUGUCCACCCUAACCCCGACAUUUCAGCCUGAGAUCGGAGACAAAUACGACAUUUCACAGCCAACACUAACAGAAUCAUGCCGGCAGAGUUGAUCAAUAAUCUCUCUGGCCAGUUCCCAAACACAUAUCAGCAACAAGCCGAAAUAAAACGAAGAUUUUACGCCAUCGCCGGAUUCCUGAACAUAUUUGAAGCCAUAGAUUUGACCACAUCGUAAUAAAAGCCCCUUCACAGUAAAUUCAGUUUGUCAAAAGGAAAAGAUUUCAUUCAGUCGAUGCAGAAAUAAUCUGCGAUGCACAUUUGAUUCUGUUAAACGUUGUUGUCCUGGAGGAACGCACGACUCCCUCAUUCUGCAGAACAGCGCUGCGAGUGUGCACCUCCAUGAUUUUAGCGAGGGGGGAAAAAUUCAUUCAUGCAUUUUUAAAGGGAUUGUUGCGACCAUAUAUGGUCAAUUAGAGGCGUUUCUGAAUGUAAAUGACUCUAACCAUGAACGAGCACGCCAGGAAAGAACACGCAGGAUUUAUCAUCACCGAUUACUUACGUGUGUUCGUACGACCGCUGUCCGCACGUUUGAUAAAUGCAGAUUUUUUGGUACUUACGCACAUUCCAAAUUUCACUCCUACGACAGAAUUAAUAACCUUUUCUACGCAUGGUUGGUGAAUAAGGCCCCUGGUCUAAAUAAUCUUGUUUAAUCAAAAUAAUCUCAUCCUGACAACCUCGUCAUUAAUACUCUAAUCUGUUCUUAAUCAAAAUGACAUAAAUAAUCUCAUCUAAGUAAUGUGGUUCAGAUAAUCUUGCUUGAAUAAUCUUGACCAAUUAAUUGUCUCACUUGGAUGAUCUAACCCUGAAUGAUCUUGUUAAACCUAAACCCUGUUUCCUGAUUAGUGGAAUAAUCUCACCUAAAUAAUCAUAUUUUGAUAAUCUUCCCAUAAACAUAAAGUCAUUAAUUUUAGAGAGACCGCAGAGAUGCUCGGGUUCUGGUUCUGGUUCUGGUUGUGAAGGUCCUCACAGACGCAGGACAGAGUCACUAUUAUAAUACGACAGUUUCAGCUCCACAAUAGCAGCAGAACAACAAGAACACCAGUGGAAGCUCAGUCAGUCCAAAGAGCCGAGUUUUCACCCCCUCAUGAAGACAGAAUCAUGAGUUCAGGGGGAGGAAGGGGGGAGAGAGAGGGGUGAGGGAUGUUUAUGCUCUGUGGUUUGUUUGCAGGAUUAGCUCAGUGAAGCCUUAAAAUGUAAAUCCUGUUUGAAAAGAAGCGACACAGUGAGGAGGAGGAGGAGGCUGAGAGGAGAACAGACGAUGAAGAUGAAUGAAUGAAACAUGACUCUCGAGGACUCAUCCACACCAUCACAGCGCUCUGUUCCCGCAUUAAAUCAAUAUUUAACAAUGAUCAGACUGUGACUAAAUGAAGGAUUUCUAAUGUUGUUUCAGUCCAACGUCAGAGUGAGUGUCUGUGAUUGCUGAGCUCAGAUCGCUCACUCAUCCUCACCUGAAGGAUUUAAGAGAACCGGUCCGCAGCGUCCCGGAUCAGCGAAACCGUCAUGAUUCAGUCACCUGGUUUUCACAGCUGAGAUCUCUGAUUACUGAUUUUUUAAUCAGAUUAACGUUUGAAGAGGUGACUUAGUCCAUCCAGGGUUUGACAAUAACUUUGUUCACAUGGAGCUCACAAAGAACUUUAGGGGAUCAAUGAAAACUGAUCAAAUAAUGUUUGUCUUAUUGAUCGACCUUAGUAAUAUUAUUAGAAAUCAAUUUUAGGUCUUUUGGUCACAUGACAGUGAAGCUAUUGAAGGAAAACAGCCUUUUUUGUAAAAACAUGAACCAGUAAUUUAUUGACGGUCCCUUAUUCAACACCGACGUUGACAGUGAGGGUGUCGAGUAGAUUUAACCGCGCUGCUGUUGUUAUUCCCGGUUAUGGAGAGUGAGAAGACACCGGUAGAUCCUCAGAGAAUGUCCGUCAGAUAUCCAACCUGAAACUAACUUCACCGCUGUAUUUACAGGAAAAUAUAUCCAACCUGAAACUAACUUCACCGCCGUAUUUACAGGAAAAUAUAUCCAACCUGAAACUAACUUCACCGCCGUAUUUACAGGAAAAUAUAUCUAACCUAAAACUAACUUCACCGGUGUAUUUACAGGAAAAUAUAUCCAACCUGAAACUAACUUCACCGCCGUAUUUACAGGAAAAUAUAUCCAACCUGAAACUAACUUCACCGCCGUAUUUAUAGGAAAAUAUAUCCAACCUGAAACUAACUUCACCGCCGUAUUUACAGGAAAAUAUAUCCAACCUGAAACUAACUUCACCGCCGUAUUUACAGGAAAAUAUAUCCAACCUGAAACUAACUUCACCGCCGUAUUUACAGGAAAAUAUAUCCAACCUGAAACUAACUUCACCGCCGUAUUUACAGGAAAAUAUAUCCAACCUGAAACUAACUUCACCGCCGUAUUUACAGGAAAAUAUAUCCAACCUAAAACUAACUUCACCGCCGUAUUUACAGGAAAAUAUAUCCAACCUAAAACUAACUUCACCGCCGUAUUUACAGGAAAAUAAAUCCAACCUAAAACUAACUUCACCGCCGUAUUUACAGGAAAAUAUAUCCAACCUAAAACUAACUUCACCGCCGUAUUUACAGGAGAAUAAAUCCAUCCUAAAACUAACUUCACCGCCGUAUUUACAGGAAAAUAUAUCCAACCUGAAACUAACUUCACCGCCGUAUUUAUAGGAAAAUAUAUCCAACCUGAAACUAACUUCACCGCCGUAUUUACAGGAGAAUAUAUCCAUCCUAAAACUAACUUCACCGCCGUAUUUACAGGAAAAUAUAUCCAACCUAAAACUAACUUCACCGCCGUAUUUACAGGAAAAAACAGAUUUUUUUAAUACAUUUUACAGUUCUUACACAUCUAUUUUUAGUCACAAAUGUGAGUGAAACGGUGGAAAGCUGCCCAUCUGAACGAUCAUGUUGAUCAGCUGCAGGACUGAAGGACUGAUCUCACCUGAUAAGACCCUGUGAUGAAACCAGAACUACAAUGUUAGCAUUAGCCGACGAUAAUCCCCCUUUGAAUGAGAAAAUCUGGAUCACAGAAAACCUUUGUGAAUCAUCACAGACCGGAUUUGAUGUAAAUCCAGAGUUGAGAUUGUUCAAUUCUCAUAAAUAUUGAUGAUCCACCAAACAGACGACAGACACCUGAGACUCUCCCUCAGUCUGAUCCUGAUCCGAACUGUUUGUUUCUUCUUUUAUUUUCUUUUUUAUUGAUCUCACAGAUCAAUAUUCCAUCAACAUUUUACAUAUACUGAGACCUAGCUGGACAUUGUGUGAUAAAGUAUCUCACAAUAUUCUUCCAACCAGAUCCUCUCCAUGAGAGGGAGCAUGUUGUUGUUUUCCACUGUCUGAACUGUUUGUGUUUCAUCCUCAGAGUCUCAGCCGGGACAAGUCUUUCACGUCGGACAACGACGGGAACCAGGUCUUCAAAGGACACAGGUGAGACCCGGCAGAUGAAACUGUUUUUCUUUUUUUCUUUUUUACUUUAAAAUGAAUUUGAAUUUUUUAAAGGAUAGCUCCUUUAGAUGUAGCAUCUUAUUUUGAAGGGGGUCCCUAAACAAAUAUACAUUAACAUACAUUAACAUCUAACAAAUACAGACAUCUUACUCACCCUACUCCCAGGAGUUGUAUGGAAUCAAGAGUUCUUUUGAAUAUGAAGGUCAAUGGAGAAAAAUACAUUUAAAAAGGAAAUGAAGCCAAUAAAAUAAAAUAAAUAAAACAGAAACAUAACCGAUCUGUUUCUAUUAUCUUAAAUAUGUGAACUAUAGUUCCACUGAGCAUGAUUAGUUAUGUAGACAGGGCUGUGCAGAUUAAUUCAUUUGUGUAUUUACCUUUUAAUUAGUAUAAUAUAAUGCCAUUGUAUUUAAUCAGUCAUAAACAUUUUUCUUUUCUUUUUGUACGUACGUGCAUAUACAGUAUAUAUAUUUUUUCUUUUAUAUUAAUUUAUUAUUAUUUAUAUUUCUUUUAAAUACUUUGUUUGAUGUUACCCUUUCCUCAGAUACAAAUAAUAAAAAAAUAUUUACUUAUUUACUCUUUUUUUUUUCCCUUUCUCUUUUUUCUGCUUUGUCCUGAUUUUAUGUUUUUGUGUUAAUAUGAUUCAUGUUUGACCACGUGGAAAUAAAACUAAAUAUUAUGUUAAAAAAAGAAACUGAAACAGAAAAUUGAUCCCCGGCAGCAGAGUCGAUUAAAUCUUCAUCAUUCAUCUAAAAUGCAGCAAACUCACCAGUUUUAUUCCCCAGACUUCAUAUUCCUCACAUCCAGAGAGAAACCAGAUUAUCAAUAUUUAUUUUGGAGGGAAGGGUGAGGGUUUCCUCUGAAAUAUUUAUUUUAGACAGAAAUGGUUCAGAGAAUCAGCAUGAGACGCUUCAGACACGUCGGACCAGCUAAUAAACGCUGGAUUCAGUUUCAGCUUUCAUUAUAAUCUGCAGACUCGGCUGGUUUCUGAGGUUUGAUCAGGAGACGUUCACUCUGACCCCGCCUCCAAACUUCACCUGUUUUAAAUCUGUCCCUCAGGAAUCUGGUCACGUGUCUCUCGGUGUCGAUGGACGGGACUCUCCUUCUGUCGGGAUCACAUGACGAAACGGUUCGACUCUGGGACAUCCAGAGCAAACAGAGCAUCCGCUGCCUAGCCCACAAAGGUAAGCCACGCCCCCUCGCCACACCACCAUUGAUGCUAAAAUGACCAGAUAGUCCAGGUGUGACGUGGUGGGUCCGACUGAUCAGAUCCAGGAUUAACAUCAGGAAGGGAACUAGGAAGCUGCUCCACAGUUCAGGGUCUCCUUGGUCCUGUUUUUAGGGUCAUGAUGCUCCAAACGUUUUUAACGGGAACGAGUCAGGACCGCAUCAGACCAGGACUCUUCUCCUACAGAGCCAUGCUGUUGUCAGAAUGUGGUUUGGGAUCCUCUGAAGGUCUUCUCUGAAACAGUCUUUGUCAGCAGAUGUUCCUCCUAAACCUGGAGAUAUUGUUGAAAACUGAGGAUGCAGCAUCUAGGAUUUCCAGUUGUCCUUUCCGAUGUCAGAUUCUGAUCCAUCAGACCUCAGGACAGUUCUCUUCUCUUCCUCAGUCCACCUCAAAUGGAUUCUGGUGGUUCUGGAUCCUGGUUCUACCUGGUCUCUUCUUUCUUGGUUCAGUUUGAACCUCCUUAGUGAUGAUCUGUGUUGAUGGUUUUUGAAGUGAUUCUGAGUCCAUGCGGUGAUUCCCACUUCAGAGCCCUGUCUGUUUUUAAUGCCCUGAAGAUCAGGACCAUCCAGUCCUGGUUUUGCUUCUUGUCAAAGAUUUCGCCAGAUCCUCAAGAAACUGUUGAACUGUUCGCUCACACAGUCCCUCACAGAGACCUGAACCUCUUCCAUCUUUCCUUCUGAGAGACUCAGCCUCUCUGAAGGUCCGUCUUAGACCCAGUCAUGUGACUAACCUGUAGGAGAUGUUCCUCUAGAACAGGGGUCGGCAACCUUAAACACUCAAAGAGCCACUUGGACCAGUUUCCCACAGAAAAGAAAACACAGGGAGCCACAAAACCUCUUUGACAUCUAAAAUGAAGAUAACAUUGCAUAUAUCUUUUUUUUUUAACCUUUAUACAAAGUAUAUAAAAAACUGUAGCGAGUUGCAUUUAUGAAAUAAAUGAACUAUUUCGGCGAGUGUCUGUCUUCUUCUGUAGUUAAACCGCAAGAUAUGAAAAUCUACCCAGAUACAGCAAUGCUGCUUUUUGAUUGGCUGUUCAGUAGAUAUACUUUAUUUGAUUGGCUUGUGCGUGGCACGCAGCUUCUGAACUCUCGGAGGAACUCAGUUGAUUUCCCCCAGUUCCAUAGUUGAAGAAGUGCAACUUGGUGGACAUCACCGUGUUCAUUUAAAUGCGUGAGAAAUACAAUGUGUGGUGUGUGAGCGUGUGAACGAGUGGGAAUGCGUGAGACUUGAGAGCCCUGUGCUCACGCAUCAUCGAUGUACUCCCGAGCCAUGCAAAACGGUCUUUGCAAAUGUUGCACUGAACGCCUUCCUUUUCAGUCUUGGUGAAGUUUUCCCACACCACUGAUGCUUUAGGUCGGGAUUUGGGUUGGGUUGUGUCCAUGUUUUUCUCAGCCGCUGCCUCGGCCAUGACUGUUUCUUUUCUGUGCGUCCUGCUGAUGUUUACACGCCGGUGUCCAUGGACAUAUAUAAAGACCCGACGAAUCGAUUACAGAAUUUGUUGGCAACGGAUUUUUUCGUCACGACGAAUCUACUUAAUCGAUUCGUUGUUGCAGCCUUAAUAGUUUAUUUAAUGUUACAAGAGCAUUAUAAUCUUUGAAUUUAGAAUUACAAAAAAUAAUAAUAAUAAUAAAAUAAAAUGCAAUUAAGUAUUUAUUAUUUAUUUUCCAAAUCCAUUGGGAGCCGCAGCUUAGGGAAGAAAGAGCCGCAUGCGGCUCCAGAGCCGCGGGUUGCCGACCCCUGAUCUAGAAGAACUUCCUCCUUUUUUUUUGUGAACGUGUUUCUGAAUGAACUUUUUUUUUUUUUGUACAGCUGUUAAAAUCUUCAGUUUUGACCUUUGACACGGGGCCUUUUAAGUUUUAAAUGAUCUGAACCCUGAAUUGUCUAAAAGCUCCUGAGCCAACAGUCUAAAGAACAGCGUGGAUGUGAGAGUCGGCUGUGAAGACGCUCAUCACUACAGGUGUUGCAGCAGCGAGGUGUUGGUUUGUAAAAUCAAUGUUUCAGCGAUGAGCUGCGGACCCGUGAAGGACAAACUUGUGAAAGCACACAAACACAUGUUGGAUCAGCUGACUGCAGGCGGCGGUUUAAGAGCGUUUGAUCCCUCGAUGUGAAACGCAGAGGAGAACGUCUCACUGAGGUUCACAUGUUCAGAGUCUCCUGCUGUGGAUUUAACCUUUGUGGUUUCUGCUGCUGCUGGUUUAUUAAUGAACCCCCCCCUCUCUCUCCGUGGAGUUCCCUCGCCCCCUUCCCUCGUCUCGUUCUCCGGUUUUCCGGUCUUGUUCCUAAUAAUCAAUCUGACAGGAACAUGAAGAGAGAACGUCUCGUCGUGAUGAAGACUGACACUUUGUAAUUAACCAAAUCCCCGCACUUCAAACGGAGCGUCAGCAGAAUAUAAUCCUCCUUCAGCCGGACCCACGGACCCCCGUCUGCUCCCACACCCUCUGACUGUCUGCAGACUGAUUAGAGGAGGAGGACUGGAAGAAGAAGGAGACGAGGAGGAGGAGGAAGAGAAGAAGACGAAGAUUCCUCCUCCAUAGAUUUGUCUCAUCAUGUUAUUCAAAUCCUGACCUCCCGUUUCAACAUCAGAAUCAAAUCAAGAAGAAAUUAUCUUCAGAUGUUUUCAUGCUGACGGAUAAACAAACGCCAUGAUGGCGUCUCACCGCCAUGAUGAUCAAUGAUGACUUUGAACUGAUCAGGAUGGGGAACAGCUGCGGGCGCACAUUUCAGAUUCAGACAGAUCUGUUCUAAUGAUCCCUCUCACAGCGUUAGCUUCGUUUCAGCUCCUCUCUAUCAGUGAUCAAUACUCUCAAACGACGUCUUCUAAAAACAGACAAAAGUUCCGGCUCAUUAUUUCUUAUCUUCAGGAAGAAGCAGAUGCUCCGGCAUUUUAUUGUCUGAGAAAACAAUCACAGCUGAUCACUUAUCUGAGAAACGCUCCGUGUUUAUCAUCAGAUAUAAAAUGUAAAGUUCAGACAGAGUUCGCCGCCGCCGCCGCCGCCACGACGGAGCGAGAAUCAAGAUCUGUAUCUGUCAGGAAUCUUCUUCUCCUGAAACCUGUCCAACUUUAUCAGCGAACAUCCACCAGACUGAUCAGACUCCGAACAGACAUCAGAGUGAGACCUCCUCACUUUAGAGCAGCUCUGAUAUCAGCCUCACCUUUAACACCUCAGAUCUACAGAGACGCCUGAACACAUCACUCUGUCUCAGUUUGGCUCAAAUAUCAAAAAUGAAGGAAUGUAAACAAAGAAAAUAAAAGUACCAGGAUGUUGGACUCAGUCUGCUGGUUUCCCACAAUGCACUGGGCUAAUGGUCCUGUUUUUCUUCUCUCCGUUUUAUGGCGGUUGGCACUCAGCUGUUAGGUGCAUUACCCCCUUCUACAGUUUUGGACUUAAUACCGCCUUAAUAACAAUAAUCAUAAAAACGCGGGGCGAGUCCAAGAUCGAAAUAAAACCAGAACCAGAACCACAGGAAAUGGAUAAAUGUGAUUUACUGCUUUUUCAUGUCUGUUUAGUCUGAAUGAAUAUUCAAUAAAGACGCCUGAACACAUCACCCUUUAAUCAAAGGUGGUGUCGUCAGGAUCUGAGUUAGUUCCAGUUUUUAGGAGAAAUCUUGAAUGUAAACUCGACCCCUCCAACCAGUUUUCCCCUCAGCUCCUCCUCUCCCCUCAAGCCCCGCCCACAAACAGACGCUCCUGCUCGCUCGUAUCGUUCCAGUUAAAUUCAGAUAUAAUGCAGAUAAAUCCUUCAGAUCAUUACAAAUGGGGCCCAGUCAAGGUGAAAGUCAAAAGCAUUGGUGCUACUGUAGAUGCCAACAGACUACCAGCAAACACAAUGUUUGCAGGACUUCUACAACUAGGAUAAAGUGACAUAGUCCAGGACCCGAGGGAGGACAGUUUAGCGAUGGCGCUACAACACGCUACAGCAGGUCCGUUUGACAAGAAACACUUCUGUUACAGACACUUGUCUUACUUUGUUAAAGCGGUUUACCUGUCCAGCAGAAAGGUUACAGGGUCACCAAGAUCCCCAAGCGUCCCCCAUCGUUUAUGUUGACCCGGCUUUUUAGCUCUUGUCCGGUCUACCUCCGUUUUAAGCGCCCGUUAUUCCUCCAGAGUCUCCGGUAUUUACUUUGUUUUCUUGCUUGUGUCGGCAGUCGUGGCCAAAGGAGGAUUCAGACAAUUUUCCGAACUUUCUGGUUGGUUUCUACUGUCCGAUAUUGUAGCACGCUAACUUUGUUUGGGCUCCUGAACGACACGGGGGAGCAGCGUUUUCUUGUUGACUGUUUUCUUGUUGACUGAUUAUGGUUGACUGUUUUCUUGCUUGUGUCAGCAGUCGCAAUUUUCCGAACUUUCUGGUUGGUUUCUACUGUCCGAUAUUGUAGCACGCUAACUUUGUUUGGGCUCCUGAACGACAAGGGGGAGCAGCAUUUUCUUGUUGACUGUUUUCUUGUUGACUGUUUUCUUGUUGAUUGUGGUUGACUGUUAUCUUGUUGACUGUUUUCUUGCUGACUGUUUUGGUGUUGACUGUGGUUGACUGUUAUCUUGUUGACUGUUUUCUUGCUGACUGUUUUCUUGUUGACUGUUUUCUUUUUGACUGUUUUUUUGCUGACUGUUUUCUUUUUGACCGGUUUGGUGUUGACUUUUUUUUGCUGACUGUUUUCUUGCUGACUGUUUAUGUUUGAGUGUUUAUGUUUGAGUGUUUUCUUGUUGACUCAUUAUGGUUGACUGUUUUCUUGUUGACUGUUUUCUUGCUGACUGUUUUCUUAUUGACUGUUUUUUGUUGACUGUUUUCUUGUUGACUGUUUUGUUGCUGACUGUUUAUGUUUGAGUGUUUUCUUGCUUGUGUCGGCAGUCGUGGCCAAAGGAGGAUUCAGACAAUUUUCCGAACUUUCUGGUUGGUUUCUACUGUCCGAUAUUGUAGCACGCUAACUUUGUUUGGGCUCCUGAACGACACGGGGGAGCAGCGUCUGCCUCACAACCAAUCAGGUUAGAGGAGGUGGAGAACGGCUUUGUUUACAGUCAGAAAGAGCGGACCGCUCAAAAAUGUUCAAAUGUUGACGACACAGACAGAAGAGAACACAGAGAUAUCGAUAUAUUACCAAAUGUCAUCAAUAACUAAUAACUAUUGACUGAUAUUAGAAGAGUUUUGUAUUUACACCACAAAAUAAAAAGAUGCUUCUUUAACAGAUUCCUGACUACUCCACCUUAAACAGAGACACCUGAACACAUCAUUCUGUAUUUAACAGACUUUCCUGAACACAUCAUUAACAGAGACACCUAACAACAUCUUGUUAUUCUAAACUGAGACGCCUGAACACAUCACUCUGGACUGAACAGAGACGCCUGAAUGCACCACACUUCCAGACCUAAAUUGUGAGUCAGUACAGACUUUUUUUAUGGUCUGGCUGUAAACAGAGUUUUCUGGGUGUUUCCUCAGUUUGUGUGUGUGUGUUUAUGUCUCUGUGUGUGUGUGUGUGUGUGUGUGUGUGUGUGUGUGUGUGUGUGUGUGUCCUCGGCUCUCUCUGCAGUGUGUUGGCAGCUCCUCAGACUCUCAGUCUGAUUUGUGUCUCCAUGUUGGACCUCUUUCAGACCAUUAGUGUAAUUCCUGCAGUUGGAGCUCAGCGGCCGAUCGAUAUUUGUAAUUGAGUGUGAGAUAAUUAUCCGGUUUCUAUUACCACAACAAGCAGGAAAUCUACUUUACUUUUCAGAACAAACGCACAUCCUCCAUCACAGACUUGGGUUUUUACUGCAGGAGGAGGAGUCUGACAGUUUAUGGAGGAUUUACAGCUGAAGUGAAGAAACCUUUUAACAAGGUUUUUUUAAACCGACCUGAAACAUAAAUCUGUGAAAGUCUCAUCAGCAGAGAUUAAAGCUCAGAAUCUGAACACAUAUCUGCUUUUUAAGAACCAACAAAGUGAGCUAACCCGAACCCCAACACAAAGCUUUGUUUUGAUCCCGACUCGGUUUCGUUUCCAAACUCUAAUGAAUGAAAGUUGGAAAUAUAUUUGUCAUAAAUAGAGCUGUCACGGUGAUUCAGCACGGCUCACUACUGCAGUACUUUUACCAAACAGACCCCUUUGUUUGUUUUUACGUUAUUAUUUUAUUAAUUUUUACAUUGAUUAUAAACAGAGGAGAUAAUUUAACAAUCGUUCAUCUAAACUUUGAAUCAGUUUUUUAUCAAUUCUCUGAAAGAAUUAUUAUUCUGUACUGUGGAAGCAGACAGUGUCCAUCAGUCAGAACGAUUCCAUGACACCCGAGAAAACCGAAUUAUCGCCUUAUUCCGAUUAAGACCGGACAACUGAAGGUCAUGUAAACACUUUAGUCUGAUUAUAAUCGGAGUUUGAGAACUCCGAACUCUGAGGGACGAAGUUUAAAAGACAUUUAAGGGUUAAAAUUAUCAGAAAUAAAACAGAUUUUUAUGGUUUUUAGAUGAUUUCAAACCAACGUUGUCCAACAGGUUAGUCACAUGACUCUGGAGUGGGAAUCUACGCAUGGAAAGGACAACUGGACUUAGUUGAGACAAGGCGAAACGUCUCAAGUUGUCCUUUCAACAUAGAAUUAGAAAUCAUUCAGUCCGUUUCUAUGACACUUGAGAAAACCGAAUUAUCGCCUUUUUCCGAUUAAAACCGGACAACUGAAGUUCAUGUAAACACUUUAGUCCGACUAUAAUCAGAGUUUGAGAACUCUGAUUAAGACACCCAGAUAAUCUGAUUGGAAUUCGAUUUUCUCCACCAUGUAACCAGCGUAGUCGGAGUAUGACGCCACGCCCCCGUAACCCCGUAACAAAACCCCCAGAGUAGAGGAGUAGCGUUGGUCUCCUCUUUAGAAAAAGUAGCGCGUCCAUCAUGUCGGACAAAAACAACGCUGUACGAUGCUCCAUCUUCUUGUUUCUCCAAAAUGCCCAGCAGCAGUUGUAGACACUUCUGACGUCUGACACCGACCUGUUGUUGUUGUUGACGGAUGUAUGGGGUCGGAAACAGCGCCGCUGAAAAGACCCAUAUCUAGUUAUACCAUUUAUAAUCGGCCUAUAUGCUGUUUUUAAAUGAUGAUUAAACAUUAAUAAAUUAUCUAUUAACCAUUUAUAAAUCAUGGUUAUUGUGAAGUGUUACCCAGAUUUGUUUUUAGUCCAACCAGGAGGAGUUUGAUUUAGUGUUUGAGUGUAUGUGUUUUAAAAUGACAGAAAAAAAAAAAAACUCAAUCACAACAACAGCAGUCAUUGUUAACUGUACAACCUCACGUCUGAGUUUAAUGGAUUUAAAAUCAUUUAAUUAAGAAUAGAGCGAGGAUAUUAAACUGUGAAAUGUCCUCCUGCUGUGAUUCUGAUGAUGAUUCCAGUUUAAUGUGAGCUGCAGGUUUCUGGGACCAGUGUAAUCCCACUUCAAACCAGUAAGACUCUGCAGUUUUUGUGACAUCACAGAGAGUCUCCUCUUUUUUUCUCGUCUUUGUGAAUAAUUCAUAGUUUGUCGUCAUGGCGACCUGCUGUUAAAGGGGGGGGGGGAGUUUGUCUCUUCACAUUUACAUUUCAGUCCGUCAGCCUCGUCCUGUGACUGUUAAUGAGGCGGAGGGUCAAACUCCUGCUCAAGGACACUCCAGUAGCACCGACAGAUCCAAACCCUGACCCCGGAGCGCCGCUUCAUUUAUUUUAGAUACAGUGAGAAUUCAGUCCUGGACGCCUCAGCGCCUCAGUCAUCCAGAAAAUGUGGGUUUUCUUUAUCAAAUGAACAUUAAAAGUUUAUUUUUAAGGAACACUGAUAAAAAUGGUCCAAUCACCUCGAAGGUUUGAGUUUACACAACAAUAACUUUAUUCUGUUCACAAAAACAAUUAUAGUUGAAAUCUUUAAACAAGUUCUUUAGUGUCCUCGGUUCUCACCCCUCUACUGUAAAUCUGUUUUUUUCUGUUUUUAUUGUUUUUAAUAGAAAAUCCACAGAGAGCGUCUUUUUAAUAUUCUGAGUGAGUUAAAGUCGACAAAGCCGUUCAAACACACGGUUCCUGUAUGAUGAUUUUCUCUCUUUCGCUCGUUCGGUGUCUCGGCUGUUAGAUGAUCUAAGACUGUAUCGUCAGCAUAGAGAUAAAAAUGAGCGCCGGGGGAUAAAUGCUGCGUUCCAGUUACCUCUGAAGUUGGAUGUUGGAGCUGGGAAUGAUGCUACGCCUGAGUUAACAGCGUUCCAGUAAACAAGUCGGAAAACCAAGAUAGAUGCCAACUGUUAGCCGUUGUUAGCUAUAUCAGUUGUAAACAACACAUAACACAGUAUUUUACUCUUGCAAACACCGUUGCACCGUGUUCACAGUUAGACGUCAGGCAGUACAACAUAAACCACUUAUUUAAUUUCACAAAAACAAAACAGAAGUGCUAAUAAAUAAAACAUUACGAAAGCUUUCACUGUUACUCUUUACUGUUGAUGCACUGAGCUAGCAUCUUGGAUUAUGACGUUGUCGUCAAGUUGGGGUUGGUGAGGAUCUUCCGACUUUGUGAGUCAAAAAUCCAAAACCUCGGGGGUCUUCUGGUUGUGACAUGUAGGGAGAGGACGCACAUGCGAAGGCUCCUGGUUCACUUUUUCUUAACCUUCUUUAAUAACGACUUUUCUGUACGAAUUUCGACAUUAUUCUGUCUGUCUGAGUCGGUUCAACUAAUUCCGUAGAAAUGAGCACAUCUUAACACACAAAAUCAGUACAAACUCCGGCCACACGUGCUGCAGCAAGUCGGCAACUGUUGCAGCUGUCAGUACUCCGACAACAGCAGAAAAACCUGCAGCUGCGAUGGUGGCUAUUAGGGAUGUCACGAUCUCAAUUUUUGAUCGAAAUCGAUCGAAAUUACGUCAUGGCCUCGAUCAUUGAAAUUACAUAGAGGGUUGACAUUCCCCCCUCAACCCUCCCCCCAGGUUAAAAACACCGGAGCUCGAACCCGCUCCUGCUUCUCUUAAAUCACCGGUGUGGGAAUAUUUUGCAUUCCCGGUGAGUUAUGUCGACAGCGUUCGCGUUGUCGACAAGAAGACCACAGUGUGUAAACUAUGUUAUGUGCGUGUACCAUACGGGAAACACAACGAACAUGGCAGGACACAUUCGCCGACAUCAUAAAGAUAUUGAUUUGACAACGGGGAAAACACCAUCACUGGUCCAGUCAACACUUCCAAUUUCACUUGGAAUAAAACUUCCACAAACCUCACCUCGCGCUAAAGCCAUAACAAAGGCUAUAGGGCUAUUUAUAGCAGCAGACCUGCAGCCUUUUUCGGUGGUAGAAAACGCUGGAUUUAACCAUCUAAUUAGCGUACUGGAGCCACGCUACGCCAUACCUAGCAGGUCAUAUCUUUCAUCAAAAGUGUUGCCCUCCAUGUAUGAUGACGUUAAAGGAAAAGUUGCAGGGGGUCUGAGGAGAGCAGAGCAAGUUGCCUUAACAACAGAUGGCUGGACCUCCAGAGCAACGGUGAGCAACAGUUGUCUUGUCUGGCCAAUGGUCAUACAUAUGUAAAUAGUUGAUAUUUUGAUAACUCAAAGAGCAUCUCUCUCUCCAGAUAGAGAUAACAUAUCUUUGUUAAGGAAAAAACUUGAAAGAAGAAAGUAAAAAUGCCAGUUGUCAUUCUCAGGGGAUAGAAAUUCUAAAAUACUUGAUUAUUAUAUGUUUUUUUAAUUGUUCAACUGUUAGGGUGUAGUUUGUUGAGGCUAAUUGUUCAUGACUUUGGACAUGACUGUUAUAUUUUUAUUUAUUUAUUUUGUUUUGUUGCACAUUGUUUUUUUAUUAGUCCACACACUGCUUUAAUCAAUAACAGUCAGUAGAUGGCAGCAAAGCACCCUCUAUGACUUUCAUUUUUGCUAUUAUUUUUGUUAUAUUUGUUUUUGUUGUUUUCCAUGUUACUGACAACAUUGUAACCUCAAUAUUGUUAAUAAAUUAUUUAAAAUUGACCAUUAAUGCCUAAUGUGAUACAUUACACAAGAAUAAUGGCAAUUGCAUCACUUAUGUAUAGCCCCUCUUUUGAAAUAAGGUACAAAAACCACUAAUCGUAGACUAGACUAGUCUAAAAAUGGCAUAGGUUUCUGCUUUAAGCAGAAGGAAAUUUUUUUUUUUUUUUAAAUCGAGGAUCGAAUCGAACCAUGACCCUAAAAUCAAAAAUGCAAUCGAACCGAGGAUUUGGAGAAUCGUGACACCCCUUGUGGCUAUAGACCAACUGUCUGCUGAAUUUGCUAAACAGAGAACCUCACUCAAGGAGGAUGUUUCCACCCUGAUAUAAGAGGCUAUUAGACCAAGACAAGAUUCACUGGACUUGCUACAGAAAUCCAACCUUGGGGGUCGUUCCAGUCGAAAGUUCCAACUCUGAGUUCAGAAAUCCCGACUUCUGAGUAAAACAGGAACGCAGCAGAUCAUUGAUUAAAAGGUGAAAAAUCAGUGGGCCCGGUAUCAAACCUUGGGGGAUUCCCUUUUUAAUUAACACUUUAUUGAAUCAGUCUUCAACCAUGACUAAGAUCUGAGCUGAAUGAAAGUUUGCUUGAAGAAAUCGAGUUUAAAAAGAGAAAAACGCCACUUCCUGUCGCACCUUUUACCAAAACGUGGAAGAGUCGUGUUUUUGAAUACGAGAGCUCCUUUUUAUCACUGACCUGAGGGGAUGUGGGUCUGUUGGAUUCAUCACCGAGGAUCUUCCAGCAUGCCUGGAGGCGGUUCAUAACCGACUACAAAGUGGUUUGGAUGACGAUCAGAACCUCCUGGUCUGACGCCGUGGCGCUCUGCAGGGGGAAGAGGGUGGAGCUUUUACCUCCAGGUGGGGAACUGAUCUGCCUCAGGUGAAGGAGUUCAAGGUUCAAGAUGAGUUUUUCCUGCAGGGGGUCUUUAAGAUCAGAGGAGAUGAGUGGCUCAUCAGCUGGUCUCGGAGGAUUUCAUAGACGGACAGAUGGCGUGCUUUAACGGCGGGUCGAUUUAAUUAAAGUGACAUUUUCUGAGAUUAAAUGAAACAACAAACCCCACUGUAAAAAGUCAACACCUAAAAUAAGAGGAUCGGGAUGCAGUCAGCUGAGAGCACCCCCUCCCUCGCCGUCUCUCACCUGUGAGGUCACCUGGCGGUCAUUUUUUUUUUUUCUCACUUUCAUUUUCUCGCCCCGCUCCGCGUCUCUCAGGUGUGCCCAUGUUUUAUUCAGGUGUUCAGAUUUGUUCUGUGAAAUAAAAACAGAGUGAGAGCUCAGAGUUCGAUAUUCCGCUCACAUCGUCUCUGUGAGUGAGAACAGUCGCCGCUCAGGCAGAAAUGAACCUGCAGCUUAAAUAUAAUAACUCAUAUCGUUCAGGAGUAUUUACAAGGAGCUGUAAUAUUUCAGCCUGACUCCGUUCAGACGUUUCUGUUUCAGCUGAAAGUUUGAGAUGAAUAAUGAUCUGACCGGAGAUUUAAAGAGCUAUUAAACAUGAAUGUGAUAUUAACGAGAAAUCACAGCCGGGGGACGAGGACUCACCUGUGACAUGAUGAGAAUACUCACCUGAGACCCCGAUCGUUAACCUCGGUCAUUAGUGUGAUUGAUCGGCGAUCAGAGAAGACUUGUUAAAACACUCACAGAGUGAUGCUUCUUUUAUUCAUACGGGAUCUUUGCCCGCAGGUACAACCAGGUAUCCUUGACCUUUGACUACAGGUGUGAUCCUGACUGCAGAUCAGAUCUCUGACUGUAGGUUUGACCUCAGGUACGAUCAGUGGACUCCUUAAAGUCCUGUUUAACGAUCUGAGAAGCAGUAGAAAAAAACUGAGCCGUUGAGGCAGAUUUUAAAAAAGCGUCCCACCCCCCCUGAACCUGUACCGCCCUCCCCAGGACACGCCCCCUCUGUCAGAAGAUCCUACGCUAGCUUCAAACAGGAUCCACCAUGUCGGAUUGUUAGUGACUAGCGGCAGUAAACGCCAGCUCUGCUAGCGAGCGCCGUCUGCAGCUGCCUGGACAGCUACCGUGUUGACAUGUCAGAGACUAAUCAGAGUUAUUUAUGUAACAUGAGCCAUGAUAAAAGGAGAUAAAAAUGACCUGUUCAACUAAAACUCUGCUGUCUCUUCUUUUGGCGGUGGAGCGAGCAGAAGUGGGUUUUUUUGCGUCCUUCUCCAUCACAGCUCCUGUAGCUAAGCUGCUACGCUACUUUUAGCCGCUCAGAGCUCCGAGGAGGGCCGGGAGGUGAUUGGAUGGUAGGGGAAAGUCCCGCCUCAUUCACCUCUGAUUGGCUAGAAAAGCUGGACUCGUCAUCACACGUUCAAGCCAAACACGGACUGUCGGCUCUGAACGUCAGACAGAACAUUAUCAGACUUCUGAAUCUCCUAACCUUAACCUGACAGAGAAUGACGUUUCAUCAGGAAUAACCAAUCAGAGCCCAGCACUUCUAGCCAAUCAGAGGCGAAGGAGGGCGGGACCUUCCCCUACCAUCCUACAAAAAAAAAUUUGCAUCUGGGACAGAUGGCUCCCAUUGGUCAAUGUUUUUGCAGCCCUGCACCUGAUAGGGUGAACUGAUUUUUUCCGAAUUCUUUUUUCUCUUCACUUUAUGGAGAUCAAACUAUAGGACCAUGGUCGCCAUAGAAACGAGGUUCAUAAUCAUUAACAACCUCUACAAUCGUCAACCAAGUACAGAACUCCCUUUAUUGGGGUGGUCUGACUGACUUUUAAAAUACUCGCCAACACGUGAGUCUCUCUGAAAUCGCACUUCCUCAUACCUCUCAUGGUUGGACUGACAAACGUCGAUAGUCUCGUCGUCGGGGAUCAAUAAAACAGUUAUUUUCACUCUGGAGGAGCAGGGUAGUGAUUGUUAGAAAAUGUGAAGUUAUUAUGUUGGUGCUGCUUAUUGGCACUGACGCUGUUUAACAUCACGUUAAGAUAUUUAUUAUGAUAAGAAAUUAAUGAAUUGUAUUUUUUUUUCGUGUUUUAUUGAUGCUAAAUUUGGUUAUUUAUCAAAUAUGAAGAAUAUUUAGAGCUUGUUCUCUGACAUCACUUCCUGUCUGUCCGCAGGUCCGGUGACCAACGCCGUCAUCAUGGCAGCUCCGGCAAACAUGUUCCUCCCCGACAGCCGCCCCGCCCUUCCUCUGCCGCGCUUCAGCCGACACCUGCACGCCGCCGAGGACGGCGGGGAGGCGGGGGAGGUGUGUGUGCGGCUCGGACUUCACACACAGGUGAGUCUGCAAGGGGAGAGCGAGGGAGGCACCGUCACUGAGAGGCUUUUAUUCUGAAGUGCUCUUUUCCUGUUUCAGGAAGAGGAGGAGUCAUACCUACAGAAAGCUGAUAGGCUGAAUUCUCUGAUGAACGCAGUGGCUGAUAAGGUAAGGUGGGCGGGACUUAUAUAGCGCAUUGAUUCCUGUUGCAGGUUUGAGUGUGAACAUACUAACAAAACUAGCAGCCAGUUUUCAGACACCCUUAAAUCUUAUUGGAAGGUGUUCCUAAUAUAUUGACCCCCUUGUGUUUUCAUGGAGUGGAUGAAGAUAAGGAACACUUUGUGCAAACUGGGACCCUCCUGAUCAGUCUGUGUGUUGUUGUGUGUCUCUGUUUCAGUCGGUGUUUGGCGACGGCGAGAACUCGAAAGUUCGCGUCGCAGAGCUGGAAGAGGAAGUUCAAACUUUGAAGAAAGUCAACAAAGAUCUUUACGACUUCAGCAGCCAGCUCCUUACCAAGCCCACAUAACUACAACCACACGACACACUCUAACAUAACCUUAAAUACACACAAACACACACACACACACAACCUUUCUGUACGUUUUUGGUUUUUCAAAAUAAAAGCAUUUGUUUUUUGUACAACC